AUGUCUCAAGUUCAACUCCCUCUGGAGGCCCAGGGCAUGGCCAACGAAAGCAGACAGCAUGAGUUAUGGGGCUGGCUGAUAUGCUUUCUCGUCAUAUCCAACAUCUCUAUCGGAGGUAGACUAUGGGGAACUUGGAAAUCAGUAUCAACACGGUCCGAAGUAAUUGCUGAGGAGAUCUUUAUCGGAUUGAGUGGUGUCUUACUCAACGCCAUUAUCGGGAAUCUGAUGGCUGCCACCCACUACGGUCUUGGUCUGCAUACCAAAAGAGUCUGGGAAACAAACGGCAAGGAUCCCUCGAAUCUAUCGAAUAUCUUCAAGCAUGUCUGGAUUACCAUGAUACUCAUGAGCAGUUUCUUUGUAUGCAUCAAGAUGACUCUCCUCUUGUUUUACAAGCGACUGUUUUUGUGCUCUUCGACAGCGCUGCGAACCUUUUGGUGGGCCAACAUUGGUUACAUCCUGUUGUGGUUUGUUGGAUCAACCGGCUUUUAUGUUUUCCAAUGUAAGCCGGUGCAAUGGUAUUUUCUACAAUACUUUCAAAGAUUUCAUGCUCCAGUUCCUGGGGAUAUCCACGGGCAAUGCGACGCUACAACAGUUCUGCACGUGGCAAUGCCCAUGGUCUUCAGUCUUCUGUCCGACAUUGCCCUCCUUGUCCUGCCCUUGUGGGCCAUAUCGAAGCUGCGAGUGGAUAGGAAGAAGAGACUCGGUUUGAUGGCCGUGUUUGGAAUAGGGCUUGUUGCUUGCUUGCUGGAGUUGGCUCGCAUACUAGCACUCAUCAUCGACACAGAUGACAAGACAGAUCCAAGCUGGGGUGUUGCCGUAUUUCUCAUCCUGACCGCUGCUGAAGAGACCACGGCUGUAGUGUGUGCUUGUCUUCCCAUCAUUGGGCCACUCCUGUACAGGCAGUACCGAGUUUUCCCUGGUAAAACGAACAAGGGUCGUUCUUCUGGCAAUGACGGCAGUCUCAGUUUAGAGGCUCAGAAUAACAUCCGGUCGGGGAGCCGCAAUUGGCGUAGUAGGCAGAGCUUUAAGCGUGUUAUCAGCGUCAACCACAUCCCGACAUCGAUUGGCGGGCUGACGAAGCUGGAUGGCACCAUGGACGGGGACCAUAUCCAUCUGACCAGCAUUGAGGCCAAGCCCCCAAGAUCUAUCCCAGAGAGUUUCGACACCGGGCCCGACGGGUCGACCAUUGAUGGAAAAGAUGAUGUUGAGGCUAGGGGUAUCCCAUCACGAAGUGCAAUUGAUGGAAAUGAAUGUAUUCGAGCAUCCACGCCAUUGUCCAACAUGAUUCAUGUGCGCACAGAUGUAGAAGUGGAAGUAUUUCGGAAGGAAGUGCCGGGACAGGGGCAGCGAUGA